GAUUCCUCUUUUGCACGUAACCCAGCUAAGCCCUGCUAACAGACUGCUACCCUACCUGAGCCGCAGUAACGCCACGUUGCUGUAUGUUUGUGAUUUGUUAUUAUUCCUUAUUGUCACGUGUGUAUGUCGCAUUAGGAAAACGUAGGUUUCAUUAUGGAUAAUGGAGUAAAUAGCCAAUAACAUCGUUUGGCCACGCCACGCCAGGCUCUGUCCGGCUGUUGAUCAUGGAAUCCAGGGCACGACGAGCCAGGCAUCGAUUUUCUCUUGGAGAGUGAAGAGUAUUAUGCCGUCCCCUCAACCGUCGUCACUAACAUUGUGUUAUCAUGGAAACAACAUGGCGACAUGGAUUAUAUCUGGUUCUUCAUGGGGUAUGUGUGUGUUCAAGCACCGUCCACGCAGAAACAUCUACCAGUGAUCGUUCUUGUGGUCCCCGGAAAUUAACAGCUGGAUCCCAACCCAAAUACCUAACAUCACCAUGCUACUCUAUACCUUUAAUACAAUGUCCCAGCAUAUUACUUGCUCAGGAAAAACUCAGAUGCACAUUUGAAAUCACCGCUGAGGAAGGAGAGAGGAUUCAAGCUGUUGUCCUUGUUUUUGAUGGGAAGUACGGGAUCCAGUGCAGAUACGAUCGUGUGAAUAUCUUUGACGGAUUCGCUCGAUACAGUCAACGGCUGAAUGAAGCUUGCGCAGUCAGGACAAAUUUCACAGCAACAAGUUCAACAAGAUAUAUGAGGGUUGAGUUUACAAUGAUGUUCACUUUAUUAGAGAGAGGGUUCAAGAUGAUGUACACCAGUGGUAUUUUUGCAGUCAGCAAACACGUUGAUCUGACUGCCGACAGUUACAUCGACAGUAUAUUGUCUCCUGGGUAUCCGGGUUUAUAUGGAGGGACAUACCAUCUUACCUGGAGGAUAUAUUCAGGAUUAUUGACAGAAGCCAUUCGUGUGGCUGUUGAAGAAUCACAUCUUCCGUACAACCCUAACUGUAGCAGUGAUUACUUGGAAGUAUAUGACGGCUAUGACUCGUCGAACACAUCUCUGGCAAAGUGGUGCGGAGACGAGAGACCAUCUGUAGAGAGCUCAGGACCACACGUGUUUAUAGAAUUCCGUGCUAGUGGUUCCAAGAACCAUGGCGUGUUUGUGAUCAAAUAUAGUAUUAUAGUGGAAUUGAAACCCCCAAACCCACACAACCCACACAACCCACAAGAUGAGUUUGAAACCAUCUUCACUGUACUAGCUACUCCCCUCCUGGUCUUCCUCAUACUCUCCAUCAGUUUAAGUGCUUGGAUAAUUCGCCAGAAACGACGUCAUCGGUCAUCAAAUACUGUCUGUGCUGUAAUUGCCACCACGAGGUCUUCAGACCCAGUAGCAUCCGAUUACGAUCCUAAUCACAGAGUGAUUAUGCCAGUAGCAUCCGACCCCCUUCCUAAUCUCGAGGCGAUGAUGCCUUCUACGGGAACUGGAGGUGAAACAGAAUUGCCACCCCCAUACACUGCAGUUGGUGAUAGUCAACCUCCCCCGUCAUACGAUAGUCUGUUUUGCCUCAACAGUGGGAAAUGCUGAUAUGGAUCAUUCCCCACAACAAAGAUGCAGUUCCUUCUACAAGAUGUAUCAGUAUCAAACAGCAGCAUCGUUGAAGUCCUUCGUCAUGACAAAAUGUGUUCUGGGAAAACGAAAUCCUACGAUAACUGUUUCCUACAGCAUUCUGAUGCACAUAGACGCAAUGAUAACAACAUACUUGUAGAAUGAUCAUGGUGUUGUGCAAAGAUCUUAGGUCACUAAUCAGUUGAAAUUAAUAUAUGGCCAUUAUCAUUAUUAAUUAUUAUUAAAUAUUCAUUAACGGUCGUUUGUGUCGAUGACAGUCUCAUUGAAAUAAGGUCUUGUUGUUACUCGUUACUUAGAUCUGAUUUGUGAUAGGAAUGUGGUCUUAUGUGUUACCGUGUAAUGUCUUUGCAAUUACACAAAUAGCAAUAUUUAUGAAUUAUUAUAUUUAUGUUUUUGAUUGCAUAUGUUUUUUUACGUUACAGUCAGAAAUAUCCCAACUAUACGACAGUGGCAUGUGGAUAAUCGAGUAUGGAUCACAAAAUCUAGUUUUAAUUAAAUAUAUUAAUUUUAAUGUUGUUGACAAUAAGCGCUAAUAAACAGCAAUUGAACAACACAUCAGAAACAACUGACACUGGCCUUUUGGAGAAGCGCCGGUCAAUCUGACCGCCCAUCGACUACGAUUUGCAUGCGAGCAUGAACAACUGACAGUUUUUCAAUAUGUGUGAAGCAAGUUACCAGUGACCGAUUCAGGGAAGGUUCAAAUCUUGCCACGGAUGCAAUGUACAAACCAUGUAACGACGAUGUACAGUUAAACAGUAGAGUGAAUAUCACAGAGUCAAUACACUAGACAGAUAGAUAUACAUGUAUCGAGAAUUCAAUAUGGCGUGCUCUAAAAUGUAACCAGGGGGACGUUGUACCAAACAACUUCAGCGAUAAGAGUUACUUAAGUCUAUGUUAAGGUGUGGGAGUUACGGUCACCUUAGCGCUUAGGUCGUUUGUACAACGGCACCCUAAUAUAUAUGCUGCAGACCUCGGUCAUGUGGCUAGAAAAUUGGUGAAUGCGGCGUAAGACAACAAGCAAAUACAUUCGGUUGUUAUUUGUUAUAUAUUGUGUUUCGGUGUCCAUAGAGUAACUUCAUAUUUUUUUUAUUUUUAUAUUUUUAUUGUUUUGAGUAUUGACUAUGCAGAUUAAUCUGAUACUGAGGCACUCUGCCUAAAGUUGACAUAAACCCAAAUAAACACUUGCUCCGACUGCAA